UGGGGGGUCUCUUUUGGGGCUUGCACACAUCGACUUGCUCGGUGUUGAUGUGCGUUGGCCUAUUGGGGCUUGCACUGAUUGCUGAUUUCCUCUGGGCUUCCUCGCCUCGUUUUGCUAAUUCCUAUAUCUCCAUUACCUCCAAGUGGCUCCUCCCGUGGAUAUUUCAAAACCAGUCUGAUCCUCACACCCAAGAAGACUGACGACGAACCCGUAAAAGGUAAAUCAUAAAAAUGAUACGGCUCCUGGUUGAGUUUUAUUAGCAACUUUGGCUGAUUUGCCUGGACCAGAAUUAAAAUGGGAAAAGAUGGCUGCUGCACCUGUAGCUCGCUGGGAUGGGGCGGCUAUACGUAUAAAGAAUCUUCUAUUCAUGUUUGCUGGAUACAGCACCAUUGAUUAUAUUAUAAUGUUUACUGCCAAAAAAAAGAAGAGGAGGAAAAUCACAAACUGCUUCAUGACUGGUGACAUCAAUGAAUUGGGCCUCAACUGCUGGGGAUAGAUCAGAUCCUACGCUUAUGCGGAACUAUGAUAAACAUGUUUUAUUAUAUUCACUCGUUCACCAAAACUGAAAAGAUUCACCCUCCCUUCUUAUGUUAGUGGGCUGUCCUUUCUGUUUAUUGUUUACUUUAGGUACAUUCACAUGUUGAUAUCUACAAUUUCAGUGAUAGUACAUAGGGAUGAAGAUUUGAUAUGCCAAAAGAAAUGCCACAUUCGCAUCUAGGAAUGGUAAGUGACUGGAGGUACAUAUACAUUGUCACAGGACAGUAUGGGCCACAGUGCAGAGGGCCCCCUGCCCAUACAUUCGUGCUUGAUACUGAGACAAAGUAGUGCCGGGGCAUGCCCCCUUUACCAGUUCCUAGUUGCUACACUAUUCACAUGGAAUACUUAUUGGGGAAGACGAGCUAUUAUAGGUUAUAUUGCUAGUUAUUCAGAUUCUGAGCUGAGGACUGCAAAGAAUGGGCAAUUUGUGAAGGUCUCAGGGAGGCGUGUGGUAGAUUUCUACAUCUCUGAUUUCCAAUCUGGGUUAAGAGCAUUGGUUAAGACUGGCUCUGGAGCAAGGGUGACUCCUUAUGUUGAUGAUUCGAUUGUCAUUGAUGUGAACCCUGAAAAUGAAGAGCUGUCUCCAGAUUUUAUUGGGAGAGAGGAACCUUUCAAGUGAUGAUCGCAUGAUGCGGUUGAAAGAAAGGCAUUAGCACGAAGUUGGGUGGUUUGUUUGGGUUGAAAAGUGCUCCAGCUCUCUAGCUACUCU